AUGGCCGCCAAUAGCAGAUAUACCAGCUCUCCAGUGGCAAAGCGCUUUCCAACUCUUUCGUCUACAACCCCAAGAGCCCCGUCCAUUCGAUUACAAGUGGACUCUAGUGACCUCUCCUCAUUCAGUAAACUGCCAAUUCACAGCUUCUCGCCCCCGGGCCUCAGCGACUAUGAUGAUAUCGUGGAGGAAGACAGUCUUUCACCGCUAGAUCCGCGGCGGUUCACCCCAACUCUGCAUGCCUCUUUGGUGUCAGAAAUCCUUUCGCUCCGGCGAGAUGUGGAGAGUAAACUAAAGGCGAUUGAAAGUCUGGAGCAUACUUUGGACGAAUCACGUACAGAGAAUGGCAACCUUACUGAACGACUAACGAAGAGCAUGAAAGAGUCUCGCUCGCUCAAGCAACAGCUGCAGCUUCUAGAAGGUGGCUCGUCCUCCGCUAUCAGUGAACUCGUCAAGGAGCGGGACCAAGCAUUAGCAAACAUUGCAGAUCUUCGCAAGAAACAGGAGCAAGCACAAAAAAAGGCCCGCAGUCUCGAAGAGGAGACAGAAAGGACAGUGCAGCUGUGGGAUCGAGAGAAGGACAAUUGGGACCGGGAACGCAGAAACCUGGAACGGAAAAUUCAUGUGGUUGAAGGUCGGCUGAAGGUCGUCUUGAAUGAGGUGGCUGCAGCACAGGAAGCACGCUCUUUUCAUCCCACGCGGGAGAGCGAACGCGUGACAGGCGCCAACGAGAGGCUUACAAGCAAGGACAGUGAUUCCACGAGCAUCGUGUCAAGCAGCGAAGGACGCCGCCGGACCAGCAUCACGAGUGUCAGUACUGGCAAUUGCGACGAAUUUGACUACCACAAUGUACGCUACUCUAUGGCAAGCGUUUCCAACCUUCCUGUGGUCAAAGGUGAAGGAUUGAAUUUAGCUCAAGAGCUUGCUUUUGAUGAAGAUGAUGAGUUUCGGUCUUUCGACCACGGCUUCAGAUCUGUAUCUCCUGAGGCUCUACCAGAGGAGCGGCCUGUCUCGGUACAUUCACAGCUGUCCAGCACAAUAAGCAUGGGGGCCAAGGCUAGGAAAAUCCUGGGGCUUUCGCUUGGUAGCAUGGAGGGUUAUGGUGCCAAGAAUGAACCGGCGUCGGAGCCUGGUAGCCCUCUGAGAUUCUCUUCAAACACAUUCGUGUAUCGAGAUACCGGGGUGCAGUAUUCCCUUCCUCCGUCACCCACAUCGGACUGCCUACCUGAGAUUGGCGCCUCAGCUCGGGCUCCGGACGAAAGUGAGAGUGAAGAAAGCCGGUGUUCGUGCCAAGUGAGAGAUAUCAGUACAUCAACACUCACCAUCGACAUGGUAUCCGCUUCCUGUCAAACCGUGGCAGGCCUCCCCACACCUCCGUGGACGCCCAGCCUAGACGAUGUCCAAGCACCCAAACCAGUUUUGAUGGUUUCGUCUUCCAUGCAAACAAUUGAACAACCAGUUGGGGAACCUGAUGAGCAGCGAAUCAGUGUGUCUCUUGGCGACAUGGGCGCGUCGGGUCUCGAGAUACCAAUGAUCGCCAUACACCCCCCUUGCUCUGAACCACCUUCUCCUCGAGGUAGCGUAGUUCUCCCACCACAAACCAGGAGCGUUUCUUGUCAAGCCAGUCUUAGCUCGAAUUCCGACUGCCGGGCGAUUGGGAUUCAAACAGAAGAGAUAAAGAUAAGCCAACAGGCAGUCAAAUUACCGGCUAGCUUGCUCCCAUCAGCUAUACCAGACCUGCCAUUCUACAAUGUUACCGAGGACCUUCCUGUUCAGCCAUACUGCCCACCGCCUCCCCGGUCUAAGAAGAGAGAAAUCAAGGCUAAUCAGGAAACCGGGCCGCUUGAGACGGUACAAGCUUAUCCAGGCAACAAUGACAAUGGUCCUUUGGCUGAGGGAUCAGAAAGCAAGCUCAGACGACCACUUCGCUCGAGUAGUCUCUUUGCUGGCUUUGAGCAGGGAAGUGAUGAUGAGUUACCGAAUAAAGUCAACGAAGUCCUCACCGAUGACGAUCUCCUAAAUCGACCAUUCGCUUCUUAUACGCUGAAAAGAGGCAAGCUGGUCUCAACUCAAGGCGGCUCAAGCUUGGACGGAGGUGUGUUGACCGAAAUUGAUAAGCAUAUAUCAAAGUCAGAGGCUUGUGAUCCAGAAGUGUCCCUAGACUACGAAUCUAAAGACAGGCCCGGGUCUUCUUGGAGUCAGCGAAUGGGACAAGGUCACCGGCGACAGAACUUUCGCAAAGCAACCAUGGUACCCAAUGGAACCGCGGCUCGUCAAACUUCACGCGCUCGAAGCCCCAGUGAUCCUAGUAUUGAUGAUGGCCGUGCAAGCAGUGCCUCCCACAUUGCCCCUCCUAUUCCUGUUCCAAUCCGGCUCAGUUCGAGAAAGUUCCCCGCCCGUCGAGGUGAUGGUCAACAAAGUCCAACACCAUCGAAUCCUGGAACUUUUUCCGAUCGUGGACGUGCGCAGGUGAUGCGGCGUCCAACCCUCCGGCGUGUGCGUUCUGCGAAUGCUAUGGCGCAGACAGAACGGCCUGCAAGCCGGUCGUCGCCGACGUCUACUUCGUCGUGCAGUCCUGUCAGUCCGGCGCACCCUUUACAUCCAUAUGAGGACUUUACUACCCCAUCCGAAAGCCAAGCCGUCCAACGGCGCUCAGCUUUUGCUCCAACAGCGUCUCGUACCUUUUCUCAUGGACGGCAAGAUUCUACAGCAACAUCCGUCCAGCCCACCAGUGUUGUUGAUGCUAUCGCACAGACCAUGGUUGGGGAAUGGAUGUACAAAUACAUUAGGAGGAGAAGAUCAUUCGGUGGUGUUGGAGAGCACAAAGAGAGUUGGGAAGGGCGCAGUGCCGAUGAGGUAUCGGCGAAUAUCACCAACAGUGGUGCAAGGCACAAGCGCUGGGUCUGGCUGGCACCCUAUGAGCGUGCCGUCAUGUGGAGCAGCAAGCAGCCUACGAGUGGGCCUGCGCUGCUAGGCAAGAGUGGCCGAAAGUUGAUGAUCCAGUCCGUUCUUGACGUCAAGGACGAAAACCCGCUGCCGAAGGGAUUUAAUACACAGAGUCACUUCAAUCGAUCAAUUCUCAUUUUGACGCCACAACGUGCUCUCAAGUUCACGGCCACGAGCGUAGAACGACAUUAUGUCUGGCUGACGGCAUUGUCUUUUCUAAGUCACAGUCCUAGUGGUAUUCAUGAUCUGGCUGCCCUGCCCCCCGUGCCACAGGAUGAAGGCACUGCAACCGCCCCAUCGCCCUCUCUCCGCCGCAAUCCAAUCCGUGACUCAAUCCGGAUAGCCAAGGGUCGGCCCCGGCCCCGGCCCAAGGGGAAACGAUCUUUCCUAGGUCAAGUCGAACCCGUCCCUGAGCUUCCUACUGGCUUUGAGUCUAGUCCAUCUAUGGAUGCUGCUGACCCUCCGACGGUGCCACGGUUCUCAAACCAUUCGCGGAAACGAAGCAAUACCACGCCACGGAUGCCAAUGAUGCGGAGCUUCUCCAGUCAAGGCUCAAUACCGUCGGUUGAGUCCACGCGAGGCUCCUCUGACACGUAUGUUGCUCAAUCUCACGGGCCUGGAACUCACAGCAUACCCAACAGCGUCAGUCGACGUACCUCUGAGACAGGCGCGAGGACGGGGAACUUCUUCGAUGCAAUCGGAACUGUUCGCAUGGAGGCCUUCAUCGAUCAAACGAGCAAAACCCGGGGGCCUCAGUCUGGACGACACAGCCGGAAGGCAUCUAGCACAUGGAGCGCGGCUUAUAAUUCUACUUCUCCGCAUCGAAUUGGUGGUGAGCCUAUUCGCCGUGUUGACCCCUUUGCAGAGUUCUGA